UGGGGUAAUAUGCACUGUUGAGGCAAAACGCACCACACCUAGUUUCCCAUGAAAACUACGUUUUCACCCCAAAAAAGUAAUGCACCCUAUUACAGGAUUACGAAAUUUGACCACCCUAUGAUUUUGACAGGUUUAUGUUUUGAAAUAGCGUCAUAAAAACAAAUAAACAAAAUCGCACAGUUCACAUGUAAUUUUGUCGGGUCGUUCGCUAAGCUUUUAUUGAUAUAAAUUUUACUUGAUUCUAUGUAAAUUUUCAUCAAGUAAGUUGAUUAAAGCCCAAACUGAACGUUGGAAUUCAAAUUUCAGAAAUGGUCCGUAACUACGUUCGGAAAUCAAACCGCCGUGCGUGGUCAGUAGAAAACUUGCGGUUGGCAAUAUCUGCUGUGAAGUGCGGGAUUUCAAAGUGCCAUGCUUCUCGACAAUACGGUAUCCCGAAGAAAACGCUGCUCCGGUAUCUAGCCAAAGAAAGAUUCCCAACGGCUGCUGCACGAUUCGGAAGUUUCGCAACGGUGUUCACGAAGGAGCAGGAGGAGGAACUGAUGGGAUACGUUUUGUAUAUGAGUGAAUGUUAUUACGGCCUUACCCAGCGGGAUGUAAGAAGCCUGGCUUUUGAGCUGGCUGAAUCCAAUGGAAUUCCACAUCCUUUCAAAACAUCUGAGCGACUAGCGGGCUACGACUGGCUGAAGUGUUUCCUCAAACGGCAUCCGGAUCUUUCGCUACGUCUACCCGAGAAUACUUCCUUGGCACGGGCAAUCGGAUUCAAUCAAUCUAGUGUGAAUAAGUAUUUUGAUCUUUUGGAGCGCAUCUUUGCCGAGCAGCAGUAUCCGGCUCACCGAAUCUGGAACAUGGACGAAACGGGAUUUUCUACGGUUCAAACGAAGCCAUCGAAAAUUAUUGCGAAAAAGGGUCAGCAUCAAGUAGCGGGAAUUUCAUCCAGUGAGCGAGGCGUGAAUACUACGGUAGUUAUGGCCAUGUCAGCGUCCGGAGAGUUUUUGCCUCCAAUGUUCAUUUUCGCUAGACAGCGAAUGAACGACGCUCUAAAAGCUGGAGCACCCGAAGGAUCGAUAUUUGCGUGCAACCCAAGUGGCUGGAGCUCAAUCACUACCUGUGUGGAAUGGUUUGACCACUUUUUGUCAUACACUCGCCCGACGAUUGAUUCACCGAUCUUAUUGAUAUUGGAUGGACACUCGACUCAUACACGGAAUUUCCAAAUGCUCGAAAAGGCCAAACGGAAUUUUGUACGAAUCAUUUCGAUUCCACCACAUACUUCGCAUAAAGUACAACCCCUUGACGUUGCUAUGAUGGGCCCACUCAAGUCACACUAUGGAAAGGCGGUUGGAAAUUUUCACAAGCAAAAUCCAGGGAAGGCAAUUACUGCAUACAACAUCAGUGCGUUGGUCAAUCAAGCUUUUGUUAAGUCGGCUAGUGUACAAGUUGCUCAGAAUGGAUUUCGCACUACGGGCAUUCAUCCUUUCAAUCGAGAUGUAUUCACCCACACUGAUUUUACUGCAGCGAAUUACCUUCAGUUGACUAUGAAUGAAGUCUCUGAGAUUCCCGGAAAAUCGAUAAGCCUGCCUGAGAUCAAUGAGCACGAUCAGGCCAAUGACAAUGUCGGUUUUGUUGAUGUUCAGAGUGCCAUUAAUAUUGAUCAAAUCGACGAGAAUGAGUAUUAUGUAAUUCGCAGUAACGGGGAUAUCAUCAUUGGUCCAAUUUCCAACCUCGAGUACUCAUUCGCCGAGCAACAACCUGAGCAACAACCUGAUUCAUUUAACGAUUGCGCUCUAAUGGAUGACACCUGUCAGGAUUAUUACUUGUCGAUUGCUGGCCAAAAUGAUGACAUGUCACCUGACAUGGCUGUUGAAUUGCCCGAAGUACCGCUGGAGCUAAUGGAGAACCAAGAAAACGUGUCUACACACCACCAGGAAGCAGUGGGAGGAAAGAAGGAAGAACGCAAGAUCCUAAUCAGCAAUCUUUCAACAGAACCAACUUCAGAUGCCGAGCCUAAGCAGAACAAAAGAGAACGCUGGGACCACAAUUUGAAGAAGCCGGCCAAGAACGAAACGAACAGUCUGAAAAAUUUCAUGAUCUCUCCCCGAUCAGUGGCCAAAAAGCUGACUGUGGCACGUCCCAUGGUCUCCUGUCGAAAGAAAGCUGGCACAAAAAAGGAACAAGCUACUGAACUGACGUCAUCUCCACAUCGUAAGAAACUGAUUGAGUCAUCUGCCCUGAAGGAUAUUUCGAAUAUCAAGAAAACAGCCCGCAAGCGUACAAAUCGUAAAGCGAAGGUAUUGGCCACCGAUGUUGUUGACGAUUUACUUUGCAGCACAUGUGGAGAAACAUUCUCACGUUCAGGAAACGGAACUGGUUGGUCCAAGUGUAUUACUUGCCAAGAUUGGUUCCAUUUUACAUGCGCAGGCAACACAGAGAAGUGCAGUUCGUGCAAAUAG